AUGAUUAAACAACAGCAACCACAGCAACUUAAGACACAGACCAUUACAUACGCCAUAUAUGCAUAUAAUUCAAAGACGGCAGAACAAACGCAAAGGUUGAAAUAUGGAGAUUUGGAGAUAGUAUUGAAAAAUGACCAUUUCGAAUUCGUUUGCAAAGGUGGUGCAGUGAUAUCAAAUAUAAAAGAAAUUUUAUUUAUGAAUUCAAAAAUUAAAGGUAUAACGGAUGAUAUAACAUCAAUUCCACCAGAAGAACAAAGAUAUUACGCAUUAAAUGCAUUUCCUAAAGUUUUGAAGAUUGGAAGAUUUAAUUUAAAUGAGGAAUUCAUAAAAGGUUUCCUAAAUGACAUAAUGAAGAAAGCGGAUAAGGAAUAUGUGACUAGUGAAUUAAUGAAGAAAGCAGAUAAGGAAUAUGUGGCUAGUGAGUUAAUGAAGAAAGCAGAUAAGGAAUAUGUGGUAAGUGAAUUAAUGAAGAAAGCAGAUAAGGAAUAUGUGGUUAGUGAGUUAGAGGAGAAGGUAGAUAAGGGACUUAUGGCUAGUGAAUUAAUGAAGAAGGCAGAUAAGGAAUAUGUUAAUGAAAAAGAUAAUGAAAUUAAAGAAAGGGUUGAAUGGUAUCAUGAAAGGACAUCAAAGAUUUUAAAAACUAAAGCUGAUACAGGAUGGGUUUCAGAAUGUUUAGACCUUAAAGCAGAUAAAACUUAUGUUAACGAUGAGUUAGAGAAGAAAGCAAAUAAGACUCAUACACAUCAAUCCUUCACUACUGUUGCUAUAGAAAGUAUUGAAGGAACGGUUGACGUAACUGGUGGGGAUGUAUUAUAUUGUAAACCUCCUAACUUUCCACAAGGUUUAACAUCGGAUGACGACAUAACGACGAUGAGAAACAUUAGAUGUAAAGAUGUUUAUGUCAUGAAGGAUGAAUAUAAUAUUAAAUUCACUGCUCAAGAUUUAUAUGACAAGAAAGCAGACAAAACAGAGCUUCAAACAUUAAAGACAGAAAUACUUCAAACAUUAUAUCCUAUAGGCUCUAUUUAUACGUCAAUGAACUCAACAAAUCCCGCAAGUGUUUUAGGUUUUGGUACAUGGCAGCAGAUUGUAGACAAAUUCUUAUACUGUGCAAACUCUUCAAAGGAAACAGGUGGAAGUAAAACGAUUUCAGGUGAAAAUUUACCUGCACACAGUCACUACAUAGAUUUAAGCACAUCUCAAGCAGGUUGGCAUAAGCAUAGAUAUUGGGAUUGGUCAGGAAUGACAAAAGGUAAAGGAUAUGAUGUUAAAGAUGAUGUUAAAUUUGCUAUAAAUUGUUACUGGGAUGACACUCAGGGAGAAGGAAACCAUACACAUUUCGUUUCAGGAUAUACACAAACAACGGGACAAAGUAAAGAUUACAUGCCACCAUUUAUGACUGUAUUCGCAUGGUAUAGAGUUCAAUGA